UCUCAGGAUGAUGUCUUCCAUGUCAAGUCAAGUUUCAGAGCUGAAAAUGAUAUUGUCUACUUCAUCAAGACAGACUUCAACUUCUGGACCCGUUGAUGGGGAUGAACAGAUUGAAUUCACUUCCAGUAACUCAGAUGCUUCAUCCUCCGACUCUGAUUUCACUUUUGCAGCUCCAAUUCCAGCUUCACCAACCUUCUCUGCCACCAACUCGAGUUCCUUCCAACUGAUAGUUCAGGAUAUUUCAGCAGCAGAAUUCUCAGGAUUUGAAAGUGAUAAGGAGAGGGCAUUUGAUGACUACUUCUAAUGGAACUUUUUUCUAUAUUAAAUCUAGCUUCGAUAUGAGCUAGUUUCAUAAAACUUGGGCCUUUUGGCAUUGUAGAAUAGGUACCUACUCUAAAAUGAAUUUUCACAUACGUUAUCAUAAAAGAUUGUAGAUGGACAGAUAAUCUUGUUUAGGAUGCUUAAUUAGUCAUUAGUCGGUUGUAGAUAAGUAAUGCUAUAUUAGUUCACUUGCAUAUUUUGUGAUUUUACUUGCUCAAACGGGCAAAGGGCCAAAAGUGCAAAAACAUGAUUGUAUGUUGGACAAUUUCCAAGAAUAAAUUUAUUCUUCCUAGCUUU